AAAGUAUUUCCGAAAUGGCGCCCCUGUUUAGAGGAGGGUAAACAUGUGGCACGAGGCCUACAACAAAAGACAGCCCCACAGACAAGCAAGAAACCCGCCAAAUCUGAUUAACUAUAUUAUGAUACGCUUCACAUUAUCAUGAGUGCCGUAGGCUAUCACAGACAUUAUUAAAUGAUAUUUUUUUAAAAGAACAUAAAUUAGAAAUCAAAGUAUAGUUCAACGAUAUUUAAGUAAUAAAGAAAACAGAUUUCCAUCACUGAUAUUCCAUGUGAAUUGAAAAUUCGAAAAUUUCUGAAAAGUUUUUGUCGAAAGUAAAGCAGCUGGCCCAAAGUUCACGAACAGUGUUUACAUGGCUAAACAAUCUGUGACUCAGUGACCAGCGACUCGUUUUAGGUCACUGUGGUGGUAAACUGGUAAACCAAUACGCAGUUCGCAGAGUAGUGCCUUGGCACUCAGCGUUGGCUGGAGUAGCAAGCCCAAAAGAGCACAUGACAGCAGUCACAUGAUAUCAACAGCAGUCACAUGAUCAAUGCGAUGGGAGUUGUUUGGGAAAUUGGUCACAGAUCACUUGAGAUCACAGAGUUAUAGAGCUGUUGUGGAAAACAAGGAUAACUUGGCCUGGUCAUAAAGACCUAGGGCCUGUGAUAUUAUAUAACACAACGGAGUGUGAUGGGAGUCGUCAGUGUGGCUGUUGGAGUUAUUCAAAACUUGUGUCUUUCGGAUUUAACUAUGUUUCUAUAGUCUAGAACAACGUGAUCUCAACCUUUUCAUUCUGACUGGAAAGUGAAAGAAGGAACCUCCAGUUCAAAUAAAGUUCCACUGUUCAAUAUCUAUUUUUGUCAAAACUAACAUCAAAGAAAAAUGGCUGGUGCUGACAACAAUUUCGAAAACACUGGAGUUUCUCCUGUGUCAUCGUAUCAAGAAAACGAUGAGCGGACUCCAAUCACUCGCAAUGAAAAGGCAACGGCUCAGCAUACUGAGCUAGCUCUGAAUAAUUGUGAAAGAAUGUCCUAUGGUGUUGGACAUGUGUUGAAUGACCUCACAGCUUCCAUGUGGUUCAGUUAUCUACUAGUGUUUUUACACCAGGUGAGAAAUUUUCCCAAUUUACUCGCUGGCAACUUAAUGUUGAUUGGCCAAGUCAGCGAUGCAAUCUUCACUCCAUUCAUUGGAUUUGAAUCGGACAGAACACAGGGCAUCAAAUAUCUUGGGAAAAGGAAAACGUGGCAUUUGAUUGGUACCCUUUGUGUCAUGGCCAGCUUUCCGUUCCUGUUCAUCGAGUGUAUUACGUGUGGCUUUGCUCCGAACAUAGCUCAGUUUGUCUAUUACGCUCCUUUUGUAGUCAUUUUCCAGUUUGGCUGGGCUGCCACACAGAUCAGCCACUUGUCAUUUGCCAACGACUACACACCGUACAGUGGAGAGAGAGUGCGCCUCCAGUCUAUAAGGAAUUCCUUUACAGUUAUGUCUAAUCUCUCUGUGUAUGGGAUCUUUGUGUUACUAUUUUACCUGGAAGGCAAAAGUAGUUCUGGUAGUAAUGAUGAUCUUGGACCAGGUGACGGCCCUAAGUUCAGAAAUCUUGCCUUGAUCUCUGUGGGUCUUGGCACUGUGUUCAAUGUUAUCUUCUACGUUGGAACAAAAGAAAGACGAAAAAGUUCCUCCGACCAAAAGUCUCUCCUGGACCCAGAGCAAACUACUAUUGAAAGAUCUACUGUGCAGAAGUCAAAAAUGCAGUGGAAAGACUGGUUGAAAGAGCACCAAUUCUAUCAGAUUGCCCUCCUCUACAUGACAGCUCGUUUGUACAUAAACGUCAGUCAAGUCUACUUCCCAAUGUACCUGACAGAGACUGUGAAACUUGACAAGAACUCCAUCGCCAUAUUGCCAUUGGUGACUUAUGUCAGCAGUUUCUUCAUGUCUCUUCUGGCCCCAGUAAUGAAUCAUUAUGCAGGAAGAAAGCUCAGCUACUUUAUAGGUGCACUCAUUGGCAUUGCAUCCUGCUUGUGGCUGUACUUUGUUGGUCACAGAGACUUCACUGUGUAUGGCUGUGCUGUGCUUAUGGGCUGUGCCAAUUCAUUGCUACUCAUUACAGUCAUCUCCCUGACAUCAGAUCUCAUCAAACAGGAUACUGAAAGUGGUGCUUUUGUCUUUGGAGCUAUGAGCUUUACAGACAAACUUUCUAAUGGACUUGCUGUUUUGUUGAUACAAAAAUUUCACCCUUGUGAAGACUAUUCAAACCCGUAUAUGACUGACAUGGGCUGUUGCCCAGCUUGUGAGCCGUACUACCGCUAUGUGCAGAGUACCAUACCUGGGGGUGCUCUGAUAGUGGCACUUAUUGCGCUGGCUACUCUUGGGCCACAGAUUAUUGGAGAAAGGAGACUACGAACCAACACUGAAUCAAAAGAAAGCCUUGUAGAUGCAGAUUCUGAUGCUUGCCCACAAAUUGAAGUUAUGGUCAGCCCUAGCCAGUAUGAUCCUUCACUUAGGGAAAAUGGCUUUACCGACAGUGUGCAAUGCUCGUGUGGAGUCUUCUACACUCCUCCCAGCUCAUGUUCAACGUGCGGAAAACCUCCACAGUACGGGGCUAAUGGCACCAUCAGGCACCACGCCGACAUACACCACGGCUAUGACACGGAUGACACAGAUGAUUCAAAUGAGAUCGAGCCUCUCGUGAGGAAUGGCAACAUCAAUACUCCGGAGAAAAGCAUAUUAGCUGAUCACUUAUAUACAGAGGACAAUAGCCACCACCACCCGUGUGCUUAAUGUUACGGGCAGCUAUUAAAAGGCCCUGCACUCAGGGAAAUUGGUGCUUUCAAUAAUUUAUAUCAAACUCUGGAAAGGUAUUUGUUACUGGUUUGAUUAGAAAGAUCAGGACCUGUAGCAGCGUCUCAUGUUAAAAUUUCUAGUAAUUUCUUUUUCGUGCCAACUCUAACAAAUACUUUGUACAUGUGAUUGGUAAUUGCUUGUUUGUUCAGAUAUUUCUAAAACUGUGGCGUAACUUUAAAUGCCUCUUCAUUUCAUAAUGUGUGUAAAUAGUAUUGUUGUACAAAAGUCAGUUAUUUUGUCAUCUUCUUGUAUCAUUUGACUUUUUACAGUCAAUGGAUGAAUGCAGGGGAAAUCCCUUAGGGUUUGGCAGCGCAAUAGGCUGGCUUUCGUGGAAAUAGGGGUAGCAGAUCAGUUUUAUGCAAAUAUGUUGCUUAGUUAAGUGGCUAACAACACUUUGAAACUUGUCAGUCAGUGGGAUGAUUCUUCUCCAGAUUUUGUUACAGGUGUCUGUAAUGGAUCUUUUUGACUCGACCAACACAUGCAUGCAUGUGUGCGUGCGUGAGUGAGAGAUGCAUCUUAAUCUUAUACCACCCCAGCAGAUUUUCCUCUAGUUUUCUGAUUAUAAAAACUGGUGUAGUAGUAGGUCAGUGCAUGACAAUGAAGUGUGCCACAAACUUCAACUCGGUCAGAAAUGACCUGUUGCUCUACACACAUGCCAAAAAGAUGUCCAGUAACAUUGAAAUCCAUUUACUCUAAGAUGGAGAUUUGUUAAAUAUUGCUCUAUUUGUAUGAAACCAGUGCCAAAUGAAAGUGCUAAGGUUGUAGAGCAGUUGGUGGUGGAAUUAACUCAGAUUUUUAAAGAUGUUCCUUUAGUAUCUUUAAAUCAUGACCCAUCACACAUACAUUCAUAUCAUGUAAUAUACAGAAAGACGUAGGUCUUGGGCCUAUUGAUGUGUGUGAUAAAUGUGGGCGAACAGUUCACUUGUAAUGCCUCUCUCUGGCCUGCAAUCAACACACAUGCAUUCUUGUGUCUUUUUCUUCCGUUUCGCUAUCACGAAGUGAGUACAACUUGAUGAUUUGGUUUAAUAGAGGGCUACUAGUGAAAAUUCAUACGACAUAACCCUUUAAUUUCUUUUCAGUUUAGAAAGAGGAGUAUUUCUACUAAUCAGUUGUUUUUGUACAAGUGACAAAGAAAAGAAAAAAUUGGAGAUACUAUUUUUUUUUUCUGUUUAUCACUGUUUUCAGAUUAAAUGUGUUCAAUUUAAUCGGACUGCACUGUAUUUAGCUUCAAUUUGUAUACGCUUGUUCAAAUCAGUGGCCAUGUAAGUGGUGUCUGUAUCAGGCUCUUAAAGUUUGACUUUAUUCAAAGCCGCAAUUCAUGCUUAUCUGAUGAGAAAACUUAUGCGGCCAUAAACUCCCAAAAUAGGAAAAUGUAACAGCCCUGCUUUUAGUGUAUAAUAGCCAAAGUUGAUCUGCUGAUUUCCUGUGAAUAUUUUGUACAGUCUGAUACUAUCCUGGGUACAGGGUGCAAUACUGUUACUGGACACUGGUGAUGUCAUGUCACUUAGGCAAAGCAAGUUUGUUGUAAUCUGUGUUUUUACUAAUGGACUGCAGGCAGUAAAAUCUUAACAUUCCAAUGUCAGCUAUGUGCCUUAUUUGAUGUGAUAACCUUCGUAGAUGCCAAUGUUUUGAUAAUAUUUUGAAUUAUUAAAUGUUGGUGGUGUGUUUUUAAAACUCUGUACGGCAUAGAAUACCAAUUUUAUUUUUUUGGGAGUAAAUUUGCAUUUCGUCGAGUACCUAUUUUCUUUUUGGGGUAUGAUGGCCAUGGGAAGCUACUGGUCAAGUACUUUGAGUGCCAAGACUCUGAGGAAAAAAAACUUACUUGCAGUUUCCUUGGUUUAAUUGUGAAAUGUAGCAAGGGCAUCAUACCUUUGUAAUUGUGUAUCCAAACCAAAAUACAUUGUUUUGUUGUUUUAAAUAUGUUGUGAUUGAAAAGAGCUGGCCUUGUGUUCUUUUAAUUGAGUUUUGUGUUCUGACUUUUUUUUCUUUUUUCUAUUGAUUGGGAUUUUGUUUGUUUUGAGGAGAUUAUAUCUCUGUCAUUCUGAUGUAUUAAUUGUAAAUGAGAGAUAAGAACUAAGAAAUGUAAUGACAGAGAGACAGACAGAGCAGUAGAUGAGUAUGAGAGAGAAUGAGACUGAAAGAGCGA